AUGAAUCCAAAUACACCCUUCAACGAAAGAUUUGCUAAAAUCUCUGAAAAACUCAAUUCAAUUCAAUUACAACAUGACUCUUCUAAAGCACAUAGAAUAGAUACCGUUUGUGGAAGGAUUACAGGAGUAGAGGAGAGAAUUUAAGACACAAUAACAUCUUACAAUAGGAAACUUCACACUUUAAAAGAUGAAAUAGUACGUCUUUAAAAACAAAUAGAGGAAGAAAAUAAUGCCUUCGAAACUUAGUUUGAACAAAGAGUGAGGGAGGUGGCUGCCUUUGAAAGUAGAAUAACAACUAAACUUGAAUAAGAGAUUGCUUUAAGGAAAGAUGGAAAUCUUAAAUUGUAAGGCUACUUGGAUGAAAAGGUUGUAUAUUUGAAAUCUGACAUCCAAACUGAAGGGAAGAUUAGAUAGGAGUAGGUUGAAAAUAUCACGACCUCAUUGGAAAAUGAUUUACCAAAAUUAUACGAUAUGGUUAAAACAGAGGGAUAGGAUAGAGAAGACAAUGACAAUGGAACAUUGAGAAGAGCAGGAGAUGAAAUUAAACGAUUGAAUGAAGGUCUAGGCAAUUAGAAGAAAUUGAGAGAAGAAUCCGAAGCAGCUAUAUUUGAAAUGCUUAAGGACUUGGUUUCUAGAGUAAAGAGUGAAAUAGAAGAAGAAAAAAAAUUAAGAGAAGAAUCUUAAGAAUCUCUAUUAGGAUUAUUGGAAGAUGCUUGCAAUAAAAUUUACAGAGCAGCAAAAGACUGAAUAUUGUGAUAUAUACAUAUUCAAUAUUCAAUUAUUAAUAACUUCACUU